UGUGCCUACUACUGUUUUCAGUCAUUAUAUAUCUUAAUUUAUGUAUAAUGCAGCUUCAUAGUUAACUCAAGAUAAUUAUUUUAGCUUUUAGUUUGGUGCAUGUACAUUUUGAAAGAGUCACCAACCAAGAGUUGGGAAUUCCCCUAAUAUUUUUUGGGGGAUGCACCAAUGUGUGAAGCUGUGAACAACAUAUAGGCAGAUGUAAAAACAAGUACUCACCUCAUAAUAUUGUAAAACUCUGGGAAAGGGGAUACAAUCUUGAGAACCCAACAGAAAAAUGAGUAUCAGUUUUGAAGAAAUGUUGGCAGCUUUUGCUGAAGAUGAUACAAAUGAAUUUUGGGAAGCAGGAAGAUAUGAUCAAGCUAUCACUGGUUUGGAAAAUAGUUUAAGAACAGCACCUGCUAGAAGCAAGCCUGCGAUGCAAUUGAAACUGUCUCUUUGCUUGAGGGAAUGUGGAAAACCAGUAGAAGGCUCUAAUUUGUUUUCCAACACCCUGAAAAAUCUAAUUGAAUAUCCACCAACUGAAGAAUUAUGCUCGCCGAUAGCUGAAGCACUGUGUCCUAUUGGUGAGAAAUAUAUAAGCGUGGAUUCAGUUUGUAAAGCAGGAUGGAUCUUUCGUACAGCUGCAGAACUUUUUCAUCGAACCAAUGAUGAUGCAGCUGCUAUUGUUGGAAUUGUUAAGUGUCUCGCUAACAUAUCAUCAUCAAAUAUGAAUGCUUACAUGUAUGAUGCACAAAAAGAACAAUUCCUCCAUGACUGUGUUCGGUCUAUUCAUGAACUAAUCAAAUCAAAAGACUAUUUUGCUUUGUUUGACCAUGAACCAAGACGUUUAGCAAGUUUAUACCAUGACAUGGCACAUUCAUACAGCUUUAUUAAAAAAAACACUGAAGAGCAGCAUUACUAUAGGUCAGCUGUUGAAGCUUUAGAAAAGGUAUAUGGUAUACAAGCUUCACAUCUCUCCCAUUAUGGCAACCUAACUCACAACCUUGCUUCUAGCAUGAUGACCAAUGGCCAACUAAAAGAGGCUGAAGAGCUUUUAAGAAAAGCAUCAGAGAGACAAUUGGCAGCACAAGACUGGCCAUCUGAGGAACGAAAACAAAGCUGUUUGGAAAAGACAAGAACUUUGCGUGAAACUGUGGCUAAAAGAAUAAGUGACCUUAAAAAUAAAUGAAACUAAAACAGUUUUUAUAAUUAAUACUUGAAGCAUCAUUACAAUAAUAAAUUAACAAAGAAAAUCAAUAUUCUCUAUGAGAUUACUUCUAUUUUUAAUCUUUCUUUAUAUUACUUCUAUAUUUGACAUUUCUUCUAACUUUAAUACAAUUUUUUUAAUUACAUUCAGAGCAGAAAACAUAUAAAGAACUAAUAUACUACAAACAUAUUUAGUUUGUGUGCUAAAUGAACAACCCAUGCUUAUGGGUAAACAUAACUACAUUCAUACGUGUGUUUAAAAUUUACAUCUUGCACUUGUUAUAUUGUUGUAAAUAAAAAUAUUAAUUACACAAGAACAUAAUUUUUUACUGUAUAUGCACUUCAUUUUAUAUAUUUUGUACUGCAUAUAAGUUUAUUGACAUAAAAAAUGUUGUAUAUCUGAAGUUUUAAUGAUUUCGAUUUUUUUAACUACAGUAUUGCCUUUACCAAAAUACUUAAUGAGCUUAACCCAAUUUAUUUUGGGAGAUUGUCAAUUGAGUAUUAAAUAUGGUGGUAUGUGCAUAAAUACCUAAACAUUUGUUUUGGUAUGUAUAGUAUGUGUAUGAUAAAGUUAAAAAGAUUGACAAACUAAAUUCUUUAAGGAACAUGAAUGUAAUAACAAAAUAUUAUUAUGCUAAUCACAAUCAGUGUUGUUUAAAUUAUCACAUAAACGCAAAAUAUCAAUGCUUAUUGUGGCAACAACACAUGACUGAUGACUCCAAUUAAAAUAAAAUUGACCCAAUGCGGCAAAAUAACUA